GGAAGAGGGGAACAGCUCGCUAGAUAGGAUCAGCAGCAGACACCAAGGCCAGUUGUUCAGGAUCGGUGGAGAAAAAGCAGAGGAGCAGAUUAAGCCUUCCCCCCCCUCCACCCCUGGGCCAACAUCUGGAAAGGAACCAUGGCCAGGCUCUCGAUUCUUCCCCUGGUCUUCCUCCAGGCUUUCUUUCUCCGCGGGGCUGAGAGCCAGAUUCGGUUCAGCGUGGACGAGGAGGCUCCCCCAAGCACCGUGCUGGGCACUUUGGCCGAGGAACCGCAACGGGCCGCUUCCGCCCUGGAGGCUGCGGCCCGCGGCUUCCGGCUGGUGAAGGCGCCGGGCAACGGGUCCCUGGUGCGGGUGCGCGAGCGGGACGGGCAGCUCAGCCUGGGCUCGGAGCGGCUGGACCGGGAGCAGCUGUGCGGCGACGGCGGCGGGGGGCCGGCGGAGGCGCCCUGCCUGCUGGCCUUCGACGUGCUGAGCCUGGGCGGUCCGGCGGGGGCCCCGGCGCCCUCCCGCCUGCUGCACGUGGAGCUGGAGGUGCGGGACCUCAACGACCACGCGCCACGCUUCCCGCAGCCGCUGGUGGCCCUGGAGGUGUCGGAGAGCGCGGCGCCCGGCACCCGCCUGCCGCUGCCCCUGGCGCACGACCCGGACGCCGGCUCCAACGGGCUGCAGAGCUUCGCCCUCUCGCCCGGCAGCCCCUUCGGCCUGGAGGCGCGGAGCCGGGCCGACGGGCUGCGCUGCGCCGAGCUGGUGCUGCUGCGCGGGCUGGACCGGGAGGCGCAGGCGGGCUACCGGCUGGAGCUGGUGGCGGCCGACGGCGGGAGCCCGCCGCGCUCGGGCACGGCCACGCUCAGCGUGCGCGUGCUGGACGCCAACGACAACGCGCCCGCCUUCCCCCGGGGCGCGCUCCUGACCCUGGAGCUGCCCGAGGACGCGCCGCCGGGCGCGCCGCUGCUGGAGCUGGCCGCGGCCGACGCCGACGAGGGCGCCAACGGGCAGCUGCUCUACGCCUGGGGCAGCCAGGUGGGCGCCGAGGCGCGCCGCCUCUUCAGCCUCGACCCGCUCUCCGGCCGGCUGGCCCUGCGCGCCCCCGUCGACCACGAGCGGCAGCGCGCCUACGAGCUGGACGUGCAGGUCAGCGACCGCGGCGCCAGCCCGCUCUCCGCCAGCUGCAAGGUGCUGGUCCGCCUGCUGGACGUCAACGACAACGCGCCCGAGGUGGCCAUCAGCGCCCUGGCGUCCGGCGGUGGCGGCGGUGGCAACGGCGGCGCGGAGCAGGCGGCGCGGGCCGGGCCGGCGGUGGCGUCGGUGAGCGAGGCGGCGGCCGCGCAGAGCCUGGUGGCGCUGGUCAGCACCUCGGACAGCGACGCGGGGGCCAACGGCCAGGUGCGCUGCGCCCUGCUGGCCGCGCCCCACCAGCCCUUCGCCCUGCAGCGCGCCUACGACGCUGCCAGCUACCUGGUGCUGACCACCGGGCCCCUGGACCGCGAGCGGGUGGCCGAGUACAACCUCACACUGGUCGCCGAGGACCUGGGCUCGCCCCCGGCCAAGACGGUGCGCUCGCUCACGGUGCGGGUGGCCGACGAGAACGACAACGCCCCGCGCUUCUCUGAGGCCCGCUACGAGGUGGCCCUGCCGGAGAACAACCCCCCGGGGGCCUACCUGACCACCGUGGAGGCUUCUGACCCCGACUUGGGACCCAACGGACAGGUGACCUACCGGCUGUUGGGAACGUCCGCCCCGUCGAACCUGUUCUGGGUGGAUCCCCACCUGGGCGUCGUGCGAGCUCUGUGCUCCCUGGACCGUGAGGACCAGGCGGAAGAAGAAGAAGCGUCGUCGUGGCACGAAGUGGUGGUGGAAGCUUGCGACAGUGGGAGCCCAUCGCUGUGCGGACGCACCCUGGUUGUUAUCGUGGUGGAGGAUCAGAAUGACAACCCACCCCAACUCGUCUACCCGCCUUUGGUCAACGGCUUGGCAGAUCUCCCGUUGCCUCUCGGUGCCCCACCCGGGUUCUUGAUCGCUCAACUGGCAGCCCGGGAUGCCGACGAUGGUCGUAACUCCGAGCUGUCUUUCUCCCUCCUGGAGGGUCCUCCCAGGCUCUUCGCGGUGCACCCUCUGACCGGAGAGCUCUUUCUGCGGGAACGGGUGCCCCACGAGGCCACGCUGGGCUCUACUUUCCACGUGGUCGUUGCCGUCAAGGAUGGUGGCCAGCCUGCUCUGACUUGCUCUGCCACCUUACGUCUGAUUUGCACGGAGACGCUGCCCUCUAGCAGGCCAAUGGUGGCGUUGCAGUUUGGCGUUGCUGGAGAAGAGCCGUGGGACGCAUCGGUGCUGUGGAUCGCCCUGCUAGGUGGCGGGUGUGGGGUUUUGCUGGUAGCCAUACUCCUCGUGGGAGCCUCCAUUUGGGCAGGCAGGAAGAAGUUCCCACUUGGGAAGGCAUCCAAGACUGUGGGACGCAGAAGAGGAGGAGGAAGUAAUCCUGUCUCUCAACGCGGGAACGGGAUCUCCAAAGAUACUGCUGGGAGUGGUGCCUUCUCACGAGCUGAAGAAGGGAGCGGGGACUCUUUGGGGGUGAUUGAGACCGAAACACCCACCUGUGACUCUCAGGCUCAGAUUCUAAUUCCUGUUGAGGCUGCAUCUGAAUGGGAGGCAAGUCAACCAGCUUCCAAUUUUAGUUAUUCGGGUCUGGAUCACGUGAGCGCACAGGAUAGUGGGAAAGGAGACAACGAAUGCAACGACAGCGACUUCAAUACUUGCAGUGAUGGAACAAAACAGACCUCCCUAGAAAACGUCGGGAAACAGAAUGGAGCCACCACUUCUGCUGAGAGAACAACCUGCAAAGAAUCAGACAUCUACAAUGGUCCGCAUGCCCACCUAUCUUUGGGGAGGAAACAUCUACCAUCUUACCAGGAACGUGCAGGUCUUCUCUCCUGUCCCACAGCCCUGAUUAAUAGACCUCUUAUCCAGCUGAGAAACACUCAUUGUCAUCCCGAGUUCCUCCCCCAAAGUCAAGACUAUCUUCCAGUUCGGCAUGAAAGACUAUCCCAAGUUCUGUGAACAGCGGGACAAUCCGGAGGGUGAAUUCCCAGGAACGCCAAGAAUUAAGCAGUUCUCCUCAAAAGACCUCAAGAGAUAGCAACGUCCUUUUGACACAACAAGAUGAACGUUUACAGCCAUUCUGUGCAGUUUGGGACCAAAUUCCCCUUCCGCAUCCCAGAUGUUGGCGAAGACAAUCUGGCCGAUUGUGAAAUACGAUGCGUAAGGCAUGUGGAUUCAGAGGGAGAAUUGUGUAACAUCUAAAACAAUGUAUGUAUGUGUUCGUAUGGGCGUACCAACCACGGUGAUCACGUUAUUAUUUUUAAGGACGGUGAAGGAAGAUGUGUACCCAUCAACUAUUUUAAAAAUGGAGGGGGGGGGGGAAGUGACUUAUACUGCAGAUAUGUGGUUUGUUUCUUAAGGAUUUUAAAUCUCUUUCUUUGUAAAUAUAACCGAACCAUCUUAGCUGCUGAAAAUGUAACUUAAGGCAAUUUAAAAAAAAAAAAGUAGUCAAUAUCUGUGGAGAUUCUCAAGUCAUCCAGGUCAUGGUUGUCCCAAAGGUGCUUUUUUUUUUUUUCACGA